AUUUCAAAUGCCAAUAAAAGGCAACACCUGGAGAACAUUGCUACCUCGCUGCUGGAUACUUCCAUUUUGUUGUAAUAUUAUCCAAACCACAAUUUUUGUAACCAAAUCUGUACUGCCCUCAAUCCGACGUAGUACAUGAUUGUACUGCCAAACUCCUAUUGACACACUACACAAUCGCUAGUUAGGUAAGGUAAUCUCGAUACAUUUUCCCACACUUGCACCCUAUAGUUGUGCUUCUUUACUCCAAAAUUCCCAUCUCAAAUUAUGGCUGCCGCAGCGGCUUUCGCCACUCCUUUGAAAUGCACCUUUUCCACUUCCCAUAAUGUUUCCGGGUCCACGCGGGGCCUCCAUUGGCGGAAGAAUGAGAGAAGCGUCAAGAGAGCUUAUCGUGGCGUCAUAACAGCGAAAAUCGAUCACAAGCCCCCGCCUUACGCUUUAGAGGCUCUAGAACCUCAUAUGAGCCUUGAAACAUUUGAAUAUCAUUGGGGGAAGCAUCACAGGGCUUAUGUUGAUAACCUUAACAAGCAAAUCGUUGGCACCCAGCUAGAUACAAAGUCGUUAGAUGAAAUCAUACUUGCCACUUAUAACAAGGGUGAUCUCCUCCCGCCCUUCAACAAUGCUGCUCAGGUGUGGAAUCAUGAGUUCUUCUGGGAGUCCAUGAAACCUGGUGGUGGAGGUCAGCCAUCUGGAGAACUUGCAGAGUUGAUAAAGAGAGAUUUUGGUUCUUUUGAAGCUUUUGUCAGUGAAUUCAAGGCUGCUGCAGCAACACAAUUCGGUUCUGGUUGGGCUUGGCUCGUGUAUAAAGCAAAUAGACUCGAUGUUGGAAAUGCAGUGAAUCCUCUUCCAUCAGAGGAAGAUAAGAAGCUAGUGGUGGUGAAGAGUCCAAAUGCUAUCAAUCCUCUUGUCUAUGAUUACUCUCCGCUGCUGACGAUUGAUGUUUGGGAGCAUGCAUACUACCUCGAUUACCAGAACCGGCGGCCAGAGUAUAUAUCGACCUUCAUGGAGAAACUCGUUUCUUGGGAUGCCGUGAGUUUGAGGCUUGAAGCUGCUAAAGCUAGAGCUGCUGAGAGAGAAAGAGAGGAAGAGAGAGAGAGAGAUGAAUAUGAAGGGAAUAGCCAGACUGAACCGCAACCAGUAGAAAUGUAUCUGAGUGAUACAGAGGAUUCUGAGGCUGAUUGAGUUCAAUUCCUGUUUAGGAAGAGAAUUUUUGCAUUAGAAUUUGUCGUUUCCAAAGUUUAGAUAUGAUAGCCAUAGUGUAUUGAGUUGUGUAUGAAAACUAUAAUUAUGCCAAAAAAGUGAAAAAGUAAAGUGUAUUUUGGCACAAAUUUCAUGUCAGUUUCAAUUUGGGAUUUGUAUGAAAAUUUAAAACAAUAAAGUGAGCGUAUUUUAGGACCAA